AAAAAAUAAUAAUAAUAAUAAUCCCUCUUUUUCGCAGUUUUUCCCUAUAAAUUCCAUCCCCUUACAAUCUCAAAGCCUCUUCUCCUUCUUUCUUCUCCUCCCCAUUAGCUUUUUAAGGUGCCCAAGCUCUGCUCCUCCCUGUUCUUUCAAGAGAUUUCCAUCUCAAAGCUCCAAUCUUUUUCACAAAAGUCCGGCCUUUUUUCUGUCAAAACCUUGCUCUGCUCCUCUAAAACUUUGGCAAAAUCUAUCUCAAUCCAGCUCCUUUAGAUCUGAAACCAAGAACCCAUCUCCAGAAUCCAACCCUCCCUCCACCUCUGCCAUCAAAACCCAAUCUUGUUCAUACAACAAAUCUCACAUGCAGCAUCAGUUCCUGUUGGUUUUCUUAAUUGAUGUCUCAUCCUAACCAAAGUGAGCUGCUUAUGAUCAAGAUCCAAUCCUUCUCCGUUGUCUUCCUCUACUGGUUCUACGAUCUCUCAUGAACUAAACCCUAAUCCCAGUACUACUACUAGUCCUUCUCUACCUAUUAUUUACUAUUAUUAAUUUUCUACAUAUAAUAUUUUCGACCGCUUAAAUCAAAACUCAAAGUAUAAUUAUGGCUUCGAACUCCUCCAGCGGGAGUGGGACUUCAACUAGCAUUGAUGAGGUAAUGGAGCAGAGGAAGAGGAAGAGGAUGCUAUCGAAUCGAGAGUCAGCGAGGAGAUCGAGGCAGAGGAAGCAGAAGCAUCUCGAUGAUUUGAACGCGCAGCUGAGCCAGCUGAGGAAGGAGAAUGGAGAGGUUGCGGCGGCGCUGAGCGUCACGACGCAGCAUUAUUUGGGCGUGGAGGCCGAGAACUCUGUGCUCAGGACUCAGAUGAUGGAGCUCAGUAACAGGCUUCAGGCUCUGAAUGAGAUUUUGAGCUGCGUGAACGAAGGAGGGGGCAACGAUGGUGAUGGGUUCUUCUAUGACGACGGGAUGAGGCCAUGGAGCAUGAUGAUGGGGAUGGCUAACCAACCCAUGAUGAUGGCAUCUGUUGACAUGUAUGGGUAUUGAUGGGGGCCGUGACCGAGCUCGGAGCUUUUCUCACCUGGGCCAAAAUGACUGGAAAAUGACCAUGAAUUGUGCUUAGUUUAAGUGAUUUGAUUAUGGUUAGUUUGGCUAAUGUUUCUAAAAUAUUUGAUAUAUACACAUGUAUGGGUUACUGCUCAGUGCUUAUAAUGGGAGAUAAAAGUGUAUUUGGUCUUUGUCCUGUGCUUAAUAGUUAAUAAUGAUAAUAUCUAGUACUUCUUUCUA